CUGACACUUCUAAACAUAACCUCACUUAAUCGUUUAAAAACAAAUCGAAAAACUUCUUCAUGCCUAGUAGCAACCGACGCAUUCCGCGUACUCUACGCAACCCCAUUCCUUCAAUGAUAGCAGGAUUUGGGAGUGACCCCUCCAGCAGGUACCCGUCUCUGGGGAACGGUCUCCCCACACUUCCAGUUCUGGAGCAAGCAGCAGCCCCCAAACACUUCCCGUUCCCUAAUACCCCCGUCGACGAUGACUUCUUCUUCGAAGCUCUGAUGUUUUCGUUCACUAUAGUGUGCGGGGGGCUGCAAUUCCUCCAUUUAUACCGAACAAUAUGGUGGCUGCCUCAUUCAUACAACCGACAAGCAGUGAACUUUUAUUUAAUUGAUAUAAAUUUAGCCACUUUUAUCAUAAUCAUGCUGUCAAGAAGACUCAUCUAUAUCGUGGGUUGUCGAAUCCUGGAGAAGUUAAUCAAACCCAGGUGUCUGGACUUGUCGUUUAUGUGCUACAGGUUGAUUUUGUUUGGGGCGAUAUUUACCCUACUCACGUGGUGUGCCUACUAUAUAAUGCAAAGCCACCCAUUUGUCAACAUCCUGUACUUAUGUUACCCAGUUCUAGUGUAUCUCAUCUUAUUCGGAUGCAAAAUCACCCCGUUUUUUGAACUUGUUACUUGGAACACGUCGUCGAUUCCUCCACUUCACGCCUGUCGUUCCAAUGCCACUGAAGUCCGCCAAGAAGUGGAAAAUCUAAAAACUAAUUUCAACAGUCGAGUAAAACAAAUCCUUUUUAGUUCAAUAAUCAAUGCCUAUUAUGCUGGUUUUAUACCGUGUUGUUUUGCACAAAACCACCUCCACUAUGACGUCUAUUGGGCUACUCAGCACGUAAUUUUCAUUUUUUUCAGCAGCUUCAUGGCUUUUACUUCUCAUAUUUUGUCGUUACGUUACUGUGAUAUUUUACACCGGUCUGCGCUACAUUUAGGGACUUGGUAUAAACUAGAAACUCGGAGUAUGUUACUGGUUAAUAACAACUGGAACGAAGACACUUUAUGGCCAUACGGGGCUCUAGUCAAACACGGCAAAGAUGUGUAUCGCGCUCUAGGUGAAUGCAACGCUAGUGAACCCGGCAAUGCCACAUACGCCAGAUUUUAUUCAUUAUUUCGCAACCCCAGUAACUCACUUUGUUGCUUAUCAGUAGGCCAUGGUGUCAUGGUGUUAGUGCAGUUGGUACUACUGUUUUACACCAUAGCGUGGCACAACGUAAUCUCAAUCACCUUCAUGUUGUUUUUUAACUAUUAUGUGUUAUACAAAAUGGGGAGGGACUGCUUAGUUAGUGUGAAAAUGUACGAAGAAGAGAGAGCCAUGCACAAUAAAAUGAAUCUACGCUAAAUACA